CUGUCUAUUUGUCAAUUAGAUGUUACACCUUUCAAAAAGCGGCGCGUUCGGGAGCGUAUCUCACAUACUCAAUCGACUACUAGCUCACUUGGACCUGGUCAAGAGGCUGUUUCAAUCACCCCAGGGUCAGUCUCGGCCACAGGCUCUGGACCUAGUGCACCUGGAAGUGCACAUUCAGGCUCAGUUUUGGUCUCAGUUACCUUGACUAAACAGUCGAGAAGCAGUGUUUUGGACACGCAUGGCGACGGUUUCGAAGAGGUUGGUCCCAAUGGUUUGACAAAGAUAGAUGAGACCUUGACUGAUGCAUUGUCCAGUGGCACAAACGCAAGUAACAUCAAGCUAUCUUCCUCUAUUUGCUCCUCCUCUUCUUCCUCCUCUUCUUCGUCCGAUGAGGCAAGCGUCUCAGAACCAAUAGUUCGUAGUUCCAGCCGGGUUGUGGCGUUUGAUGCGUCAAAGUUGGAGGAUGCUCACCAAAUUUGCCCAACCCACCAUCCACCACAAUAUAAUUUUCAUCAACAGGCACAACAUCAUCAAACACAUCAUAGUCAUCGUUGCCAUUCGGCUACUCCCGUCUCUCUCUGUGGUGAUAUCUCUGCAGCUAAUGCUGCCACUGCUGUUUCAUCGGGCUCAACAAACCACUCUCCCAUGCUCCUAAUCAGCGGUUCUUCUAAUGAUCUCUCUACUAGCCAAUUGGAUGAUUCAGUGCCAUUAUCAACACUUGGGCACACAUCAGGCUUUGCCUCUUCAGGCAAUGCUCUAGAGACUCUGGGUACAGAUGAUGAAGCGGAUUCAUCAGCCACUAUCACUACUUCCUCUUCUAUACAGCAACAUCCUCAGCAUCAGCAAAAUAGCUUGAGAUGCGAAGAGAGGCUGAUUGAUUCAUCUGGCCUUCCAAAUCCCUACGAGAAGGCGAUGGAGCUUAAUAAAAACGUAACUAAUUUAUUCGUUUGGUUGCAUACUUGA